AUGGAUAUUUACAUCCACCCUCUUCAUCACCAUGGUAACCAUCUGCUGCUGUCGUCUCAGAGGCUGCAGGUAGAUCUGGAGCGGUCGGCGUCCAUCAACAGGAGUCUAGGCUCCCGGGUGGCUCAGUGCAGCCUGAACGGACUGGCAGACUUCCUGUACAGCUUCCAGCGUAAAGUGGAGAUGUUCCACGAAGGGAUGCAGAGCGGCAUGUUUGGAGACGAUGACGACGGAUACGUGUCCAAAACCAUCGCCAUGGUCAACUGCUGCCCUCCUUUCCGAGGCUUCGUACAGCGCUGUGCACAGUGUGACCCGUCAGUCAGUGAGGACUCUCUGCGGCGAGCCAACAAGUCUCUGGACCACAUCGUCCAGCAGGGUGUCAGGGUUCUGUCCGAGCGACUCUACCUGCACAUCAGGCUGUUCUUUGAGCGCCUGGUGAAGAGGAAGUGGCUGACCAACGCGGAGCCGUACGAUCAGAUCGAAGCCGCCAUCAAGGAGGAUUUUAAGAAAUAUCGCAGGAUGGACAAUCCUCCCUAUGAGCUGCUGGUGGCUGAAGUCCACCGGCGGGUGGUGAUGGAGUACCUCCGCUCCGUCAUGAGGGGCCGGAUCAUCUGCACCUCCAUGAAGAUGAGGAAGAGGAUGGCCGGCCGGCUCCGAGACGAAGGGAGGCAGAUCAAAGCGCUCUUCAAAGACCUGGAGUCUCCGUCCAGCUGGUUGGACGGCGCGCUGUCCCACAUCUCAGAGCUCAUCCAGCUGGAGGACGUCCCGUCCAUCCAGAUGGAGGUGGGAGUCCUGGUCAGAGAGUUUCCAGACGUCAGGAAGAAGCACGUGUCGGCCAUCUUGAACAUCCGCGGGAUGACCCGGCAGGCGGAGCGCCAGGAGAUCCUGAACAUCGUCAAAGACAUCGAGAGCGACGGCGGACCGGGUCCGCUGUCCCGGGACCGGGCCCUGUUCGCCGAGGUUCCGGUCACCUCCGAGGUCCAUUGCCUGAACGUGGGCCUGAGCCGGAUCGCCCUGACCGCCUCGUCCUGCGUCAGCGCGCUCAGACCGCGCCGCCGUAAAACCAGAACCGCCACGCAGGAGAACCCGGACGAUGCUCUGUAACCGGGCUCAGAACCAGCAGAACUCUCUCACUUUUAUUAUCAACUCCAAUCUGCUGGUCCAGAUGGUCAGAACCGGAUCUGGAGUUAAUGCUGCUUCUGGACCCCGGUCCUGUUCUGGUUCUGACUGAAAUGGAAACGGACGUUUUGUUUCCCAAAGCCUCCGAGGUUCUGACCCAGACCGGACCAGAUCGGACCUCCUUCAGGAUCAGAACUAACCCGACCUGGUUAACGAUGAAAACCAGAGGCUGGUUCUGGUUUGAACUGGAAACCAGAAUCAGUGCUAGUAGAACCAGUUGGACCCAUUGGUCCUCCUGCAGAACCUCUGAAAAAGAAGCACUUUAUCUGGAACCAGAACCAGGAGAACGGAUCUCUGUGGUACCAGUCCGGCUAAGAUGGACUCAGAAUCUGGAAUCUGGGAUUUGGACGGGCGGAUUCAGGAUUUACAAAGUACAAAGAUAAAAACUGAAAGUGCUGAGUCAGCAGACUGCGGAUCGGGUCGGUGUUGGAGAACCCGGUGCUGGACCAGUCAGAUAAAAUCACAGGGGUUUCACCAGAACUGCGAGAUCCAAACAGGAAUUCCUGUUUGGAUCCGGUUCGAUUCCAACAGGAAGUGACGGAGUUUUAGCGCCAGACUAAAAAAAACAUUUAGUUACGACAAUAAAGUUUCUUCAGAUUAUUACAACGUUAAUGUUCUUCGGUUUUAUCCUCAUAAUUUAUGUUUUUUCUUAGCCUGGUCGCAGUAAUCCGUCAUUUUAGAAAACUAUUGAGUAGAUUUUUUUUUCCUCAAUUUUAUCUCCUUUAGUUCCGACCCCUGACCUCUGACCCCUGACCCCAACACCCAAACAUCAUCUCCAAAAUGUCUUUUAGUCAAAUAUUAAUGAAAAAAAUCAACGAUGCAGCUAACAAGCAGUAGUGGGCACAUUUCCGCUAAUGUGCUAAUAGCGGAGCUAAUUUUUGGCACUUUUGCUAGCUUGGACACGUUUAGCUUUCCCUUAAUCACAUUUUCCAGAUCAAUUCUAAAGAGCUAAUUUUUUGAUUUAGAAACAUUCAGUUGAAUAAUUUCAACAUCUGUGUGGAAGUUUUGGUUAUCAAAUUCUUCAGCAGUUAGGUGAAGAUAUUCAUGCUUUUAUUUUGAAGUCUGUUUACACGAACAAAAUAAAACAUGGAUAUAAAAACAUGUUUUAGAACAAGUAUGUAAAUUAUAAUGUUGGUGUUUGUAGCCUUUCAAGGGAAGAUAUUUGAAUUGAAAUUAGCACUUUGGUAUUAGCUCAUGCUAAGUAAUAUGUUAGCACAGCGCAUUAGCUUCUGCUAAGUACUGUGUUGGUGAAACGAUUCAGCAGAACUGCUGAUUAUUAUUAGAAUCUCACGCUUAGUCCAGCUAGCGUAGUAGUUAGUGGUGCCCACCACUGGUAGCUAGCCAGCAUUUUAUUUUAGCAUCAAGAACAUUUAGGCUAGUGCUGUUGGACACGAUACAAUCAGCUUUUAGUCGACGAUUCAUCUCCCUCAGUCAGGUGAAUUUAGAGUCAGAGCGCCACCUGGAACGUUAGCACGAGCUAUUGUUAUGUUAGCAUGAACUACUGCUACUGCAACAUUAGCAUGCAACGCUCAUAUUCUUUGACUUUUGUCCCAUUCUCAUUUUGGCUUAGUUUUAUGACCUUUUGUUCUUUUUCGUGUCUAUAAAACAAAUUUGUCUACUAAGCGAUUUACAAAUUCACAUCUUAAUCCAGAGGGUUUUAAUAUUAUUUCCAAUUAUUGCUAAUAAAAUGUGAUUAAUAUUACAUCCUCUGCUGGCCGCCCGGAGCUUUGUCCCGUUUGGUUGACGAUCCCAGGAAACCUCCAGAAACCGGAGCGUCAGAGUUUUCCUGAAGCUCACAAGAAAAGAAAAUGAAAAGUUGAAUCUAAUCAAAGGUACUUGAUGUUGAGUUUCUGUAUUUAAAGCAUUAAUUCUAGUGUUGAAGCUUCUGGGUGCGACGAUGUGGUUUAUUAUGUGUUUUAUUCUUUCAGCUGUUUGAUUCUUGACUUCUGUUCGAUUUAGAUGCAGAGAAAUGAAAAUAACAUUUUAAAUUUAAACGAUUUAGGAGAUUUUCAUGUUUUUACUGUCGAGCUGAAACCUUUCAGAAAGACUGAGCAGCUUCUUCUAGUUUCAUCAAUAUUUCUGAGCUGAGACUGAAUUCAGAUUAACGGUAAAUUUCUCUGCUGCUAUUACUUAUAAGAUUAACAAGACAAUAAAAUCAGAUUAAAUCAU